CGCCUCCUCUAAUAAAAGACCCGCUAAGCAAAAAGGGAAAUGUGGCGCAAGUGCUUUACAAGUCUGGCGGGACAGGCGAGGACGAGUCUAUCGUUAUCACCAAUAUGUGUUCAAAAUUCUGUAUUAACGCAGCUUCUAAAGCGACGGUUACAUCAAGUCCCUGGUAGCCCGACAGCCAGACCUCCGAAAAUUCUAAUAACGGGUGGCCUUGGACAGUUGGGCAUCGAGUGCGCUAAACUGAUGAGAUCGCAAUAUGGAAAUGACAAUGUCAUACUCUCGGACAUUAUUAAGCCCAGUCAGGAGGUUUUAGAUAAUGGCCCAUACAUUUUUGCCGAUAUACUGGACUUUAAGGGUCUCCAGAAGAUUGUUGUGAAUCAUCGCAUUGACUGGCUAAUACACUUCUCGGCCCUGUUGAGUGCGGUGGGUGAGCAGAAUGUGCCUCUGGCCGUGCGAGUUAAUAUCGAAGGCGUUCACAAUGUCAUCGAAUUAGCGAAACAGUAUAAGCUUCGCAUAUUUGUGCCGAGCACAAUUGGGGCAUUCGGUCCGGACAGCCCACGGAAUCCCACGCCAAAUGUUACGAUACAACGCCCUCGUACGAUAUAUGGCGUCUCCAAGGUGCAUGCAGAACUAAUUGGCGAAUACUAUUAUCAUAAGUUUGGCUUGGAUUUUAGAUGCUUACGUUUCCCGGGUGUUAUCUCCAGCGAUCCACCAGGCGGUGGCACCACAGAUUAUGCCGUUGCCAUUUUCCAUGAGGCCCUGCGUAGUGGCAAAUACACUUGUUACCUGCGACCAGAUACGCGCCUGCCCAUGAUGUACAUAGAAGAUUGUUUGCGUGCCCUGUUGGAAUUUAUGCGAGCACCCAGCGAGCAACUGAAGCGUCGCGUUUACAAUGUCACCGCCAUGUCCUUUACGCCCGAGGAGCUGGUGGACAAGCUGAGCAAAUAUGUACCUAACCUGCAUGUGACAUAUAAGCCAGACAGUAGGCAGAGUAUUGCCGAUUCGUGGCCGCAAGUGUUCGAUGAUUCGGAUGCACGUAGCGAUUGGCACUGGCAGCAUAAAUACGAUUUGACCAAUCUGGUCGAUUUUAUGGUCAAGGAUGUGCAAGAAAAUUAUAUUAACGUGGAGAAUGGAGAGCGGCACACGUUGAAGAUUUGAAAACACAAAUUCUAGAGGAGUUAAAAGCCGCGUCUAGUAUUCCCAAACUAUUGGGCCAACUUGGGGUAUUUUCUAGCUCAAGCGCUCGGCAUUUAAAAACAUACCCAUACUAUGAGAUUUAUCGCAUUUAUCUACAAAAUACAGUUACAUUUGCAAAUUACACAUGUACAAUUAGAAACUUUUGAAAAUAUACACACUUCUAGAUAUCAAUUUGA